UGUACAGUUAACCCUAAAAUCCCAAAUCCUAAGCUUUUGGUGAAGAAGAUGAUGGCGCUAGAGAAGCACAUAGAGAAGGUGCUUUUUAGUGCCGAAGUAAUAGCGGAGCGGGUGGGUCAGCUUGGAUCCGAGAUUACUUCUGAUUUCCCCGGUGAAUCGGAAUCGCCUGUCUUCGUCGGUGUAGCUACUGGUGCUUGCCUCUUCUUGGCCGAUCUCGUCAGACGAAUCGACUUGCCUAUCGCUAUCGAUUUCAUUAGAGCUGAGUCUUAUGGCUCUGGUACUGUCUCUAGUGGAACUCCCAGGAUUUCAUUUGACUUGAAGCUUGACCUCACGGACAAGCAUGUAGUCUUGGUUGAGGACAUUGUGGAUACCGGCAAUACACUCAACUGCUUGAUCGAGCACUUGAAAGCGAAAAAGGCAUCAUCUGUUUCAGUUUGCACUCUACUAGACAAGCCAUCUAGAAGAAAGGUUCAUUUUGAGUUGGUUGGAAAGGGCAAAUUCUACAUUGGUUUUCAAUGUCCAGAUGAAUUUGCCGUGGGCUAUGGCAUGGACUUUGCAGAACAAUACCGCAACCUAUCUUACAUUGGCGUAUUGAAGCCUGAAUAUUACAUGAAUUGAAAAAGUCGGUUCAUCUUAAAAGGAGCUCAUACUUCUAAAAUAUGACUGGGCAACACCAAAGUCAUGACAUCUUUUAUGACUUACCCCUGUAUUACUGUUCAAAGCAACACCAAAGUUAUUCUACACUUUGGUGACAGUGAUUCUGAUGUAAAAGCUAAUGCCAUUUGGUGUAUAUGUUAUAUUAUGAUUCAUGAAUGUCUUGAGCAAGAGCUUCACACAAUUCAUAUUUC